UUCUGGCGGCGGCAGCGGCACGGACCGGCGGGAACGUCGGCAACGCCUACCUUGCCUCCAUGUUCGCCGCCCAGACCCAGUCGGACCCGUGCUACGACGACAUGAACAACCCACGGCGCUGCAUCCCGGAUUUCGUGAACGCCGCUUUCGGCAAGGAAGUGCGCACCAGCUCCGAGUGCGGCACGCCGCCGUCGCGCUACUGCAACACGGCCACCGACGACAAGGGCGAGAUUGUACGGAACUGCCAGAUCUGCGAUGCCGGGAAUCCCAAGCGGCGGCAUCCGGCCUCCUACCUGACCGACCUGAACAACCCGAACAACGUGACGUGCUGGAUGUCCGAGCCGUUCCCGCAGCCCCUUUACAACGUGUCUCUCAUCCUGAGCCUCGGGAAAAAAUAUGAACUGACCUAUAUUAGCCUCCAGUUUUGCGGCGCCAAGCCGGACUCUCUUGCAGUCUACAAGAGCACGGACUACGGCAAGUCCUGGCAGCCGUUCCAGUUCUACUCGUCCCAGUGUCGGAAGAUGUACGGUCGUCAAAACAGGGCGCUCAUCACCAAGGCCAACGAACAAGAACCGCUCUGCACCGACCCUCAGUCAACGACGGAACAGCUAUCUGGAGCACGCAUAGCGUUCAGUACUCUGGAGGGCCGGCCGUCUGCCUACGAGUUUGACAGUAGUCCCGUGCUCCAGGAGUGGGUCACGGCCACCGACGUCAAGGUGGUCUUCAACCGGCUCACCAACUGGACGCCCGAGCCGUUGGACAACGACACCCUGGUGCCCCGGGAAGCUUCUCUCUACUACGCGGUGUCCGACUUCGCGGUCGGGGGUCGCUGCAAGUGUAAUGGACACGGAUCCCGGUGCGUGCAGAACAGGGACGGUCAGCUGGCCUGUGAGUGCAAGCACAACACGGCGGGAAGAGACUGCGAGAAGUGCAAGCCGUUCCACUUCGACAGACCCUGGGGUCGAGCCACGGCCCAUGAUGCUCACGAGUGUGUGCCCUGCAACUGCAACUUGCACGCCCGUCGGUGUCGCUUCAACAUGGAGCUCUUCAAGCUGUCCGGACGCCAGAGCGGAGGCGUUUGCCUCAACUGCAGGCACAACACGGCAGGACGCCACUGCCACUACUGCAAGGAGGGCUACUACAGGGACCACUCGAAACCCAUCACCCACCGAAAGGCCUGCAAGGCGUGCGACUGUCACCCCGUGGGAGCGUCUGGGCGGACCUGUAACCAGACGACCGGCCAGUGUCCGUGCAAGGACGGCGUAACGGGCAUCACGUGCAACCGCUGCGCCAAAGGGUACCAACAGAGCCGGUCGCCCAUUGCGCCCUGCAUCAAAAUACCCACAGUCGACCAUUCCCUCAUGACGUCAUCCGGGUCCGAACAAUGUGCCAAGUGCAAGACGACUACCAAGAGGAUCAACCUUCGCAAGUAUUGCAAACGGGACUUUGCGAUCCAGGCGAACAUCAUGUCCCGGGAGACGGUGGGCAGCUGGGUCCGGUUCAACAUCCAGGUCGUCGACAUCUUUAAGUACGGGCCUUCCAAAGUACGGCGCGGCAACGACUUCCUCUGGGUGCCCAUGGCGGACCUGGCCUGCAAGUGUCCCAAGCUCAAAGUCAAGAGCAGCUACCUCAUCCUCGGAAACGAGGAGAUCCACGACGGACAACCGGGACUGACGGCGGACAAGACCAGCAUCGUCAUCGACUGGAAAGAGGAGUGGGGGCGGAGACUGCGCAAGUUUCAGAGGCGACAAAGGAAAGGCAGAAUGGUCCGAAGAAGGCUUUGAGGAAUCCACACAUUUUACUCAAUGUUUAAUGAGUUUGCACCACAAUGAAACGGUGUCAUUUGAAAUGAUGGAGGAAGACAUAUUGCCAUCCUGAUGUUCCAUUUGCACACAGAGUAUGCUUUGUUAAACCAAUGUUUGGGAUAACACGGAGUGCUUAGUCC